GGAAGGGCGGCGGCGGCGGCAGCAGUGCGCUGAUCCGGAGGGGCGCGCGGGGCUCCGGCAUGGGGAUCGCCAAGCUGGCCGAGCUGAUCCGGGAGCGGGCGCCGGACGCCGUGAGCUCCGUCCAGCUGCAAGACUACCGGGGGCGUGUGGUGGCUGUGGAUGUCUCCGUUGCUAUUUACCAGUUCAACACGGCUAUGCCAAAGAUUCAUCAACCGCCAUGGGCAAAAUAUCAGCGCCCUGCGGGGGCUCUUUUACCGGACGAUGCACCUCCUGGAAAACGGCAUCAAGCCCGUCUUCGUCUUUGAUGAACCCCCGGACCUGAAGGAGAGAGUGUUGGCAAAACGCGCCACAGUCUCUGGAGCCAAGAGGAAAGCUGCAGAUCCUGCCGUGGAUGAGCCCCCACAACGGCUGCCGAGAAGAGACUUUGAGAGGAUGCUGGGUUACUUGGGGGUUCCCUGUGUGCAGGCACCAGCUGAGGCAGAAGCGACCUGCGCAGCUCUGGUGAAGUCCGGGCACGCCUGGUGUACGGUCACAGAGGACAUGGAUGCGCUGCCCUUCGGAAGCUCACGUCUCCUGCGGCAUCUGAACGCCAAGAACAAAGACCUGGAAGAGAUCUCCUUGCCGGUGGUUUUGCAGAAGCUGGGCUUAACGCAAGAGCAGUUUGUGGACCUCUGCAUCCUGCUGGGCUGCGAUUACUGCGAAAAGAUCCGGGGUCUUGGCCCCAAGAAGGCCUUGCCGCUGCUGCAGCAACACGGGAGCAUUGAGCAGGUCCUGCACUCUGCCCGCAGUGCUCAGCCCCCUGAAAACUGGCCCUUGGAGGAGACCCGGCGGCUUUUCCUGCACCCCGAGGUGGCCCAGCCGAGCCGGGUGGUGCUAGAGUGGCGUGACCCAGACGAGGAGGGGCUGCUGCAGUUCCUGGCGCAUGAGAAGCGCAUGAAGGAGAAAUGGGUUUGCCGCCGACUGGAGAAGUGGCGGGCUGCCUGCCUGAAGAGCGCCCGGCCUCAGUCGCCUGGCCCCGUGACGAAGGGCAGCAAGAAGCAGCCGAGGAUGGUGGAUUUCUUCCCGGUCAAGAAGCGGCCGUGCAAGAUCGGCAGGAAGAAGAUGAAGACCCAGGAACAGCCAGGAACGGCAGUGGAGACUUGAGCAAAUAGCUCCCUUUUCCUCUGGCUUGCAAGGGCCGCACUCCAGGAAGUCUUCGGGUGUUGUUACCUGGGUGUCCAGGCUUGCUGGCACCCUCAGCAUUCCAUUCCAUUCCAUUCAUUUAACACCAUUCGUAGGACCCUAAAUUCUCAGAUCGCAGGGAUCUUCAGGAAACUGGACCCCUUCUUUCCUCUCCUCUGCCUUUUGACAUUUCCCUUUCCCUGACCUUGCUGCCUUUCAUACCGGACCUCUGCCAUUGGCAUUUUCGAGUUUUCUCUUCGCUGCUCCUGCGUCCCCAUUGCAGCCUGCCGGUCUGUGGUGCCCGUCUCCACUUCUUAUAAGCCCGCAGGAAGAUUCCUUGCCUCGGCAUCUUCCUCAUAUUACAGAAAUAAGCCAAUGCAAGUAGUCGCUGCGGACAGAGGUGUGAUUCUGAAUUCUGGCUGCUGUCCAGUUCUGUGGGUGUUGGACGCAUGCGGUCUGUUGGGUCAAAGGCAGGAAAACAGGACCCUGGACAGCUACUGGCUGAAAUGUCCUACUAUGCAGGCAGCUAUAGCACCAGCGGAAGCCUAGCCUUAUGCAGGCAGCCGAGUUCUGGCAUGGGCCAGGGGGGUUCUCCUCUUCAGUGCUGCAGAAAGAUUGGCGAGGGCUCCUCCUCUGAGCCAGCUGAGGGUGGCAAGGGGUGUGCCCUCCAGCUCAAAGGGUCCCUGAUAAAGGCAAUGUUCCCCACCCCCGAGGAAGCAGCUUGGACCAAGGGCACAGAACUGUAGAUGUGGAAGGGGACCCACAAGGCUGAUCUAGUCCAAGUCCCUGCAGUGCAAGAACCACAAACCCAGGGUCUUUGCCGCUGGACUCUGGAUCUCCUGCCCCUUAUCUCCUGUUUUCUAAAUUUACAUUUCUUUAUUUUUUUACUUUGCUUCCGGGGUGGUUUUCCUUCAAAAAGUCAGUCUCAAUUUGCAACUAUACAUACAUAUGUGUCACAGGCCUGCGCUGGGAGCAUUCAAAGGACCUAGCGACGUCCUUGGCCUGCAAAGUCCUGACACAAACUGGAUUUUUUUUGCAAACCAGUUUACCUUCUGUUACCUGC